AUGGCCGGAAAGCGGAAGAAGUGUCGACAGCGAAGCAAUCCGGCACCCGCCGAUGGCACCCGGACAUGCAGCAAGUCGCACACGAGUUUCGAUGGGGGUUUGUCUUCUCUUCUGGGCAAUGCCAUUGGGGUCGAGGAGUUUCGGCAAAGCUUCUUCGAGCAGAGACCGCUGCACAUUCAGCGCGCUGGGAGCAACAAAUACUAUGCGCAACUCGACGGUGUGUCGACUCCCGAAAGGCUCUUCAAGCUCAUGGAGGAGGGUGCCGUGCCCGUGUACCGAGUCAACAUGUUUCGUUGCAAAGACGGCAGCAACAAGGAGACUCCGAACCCACCGCCGACCUCGGCUGCGGAUGUGCGGCGACUCUUUGCAGAAGGCUGGAGCAUCCAGUGGCUGCAACCACAGCAGGAGCACGAUGCCCUGGCCUCGCUGGUAGUCGCUUUGGAGACCGAGUUUGGCUGCCUCGUCGGGGUCAAUGCGUACCUCACACCACCUGGCACGCAAGGCUUAGCUCCUCAUUGGGAUGAUGUGGAGGUCUUCGUCCUUCAGUUGGGUGGAAAGAAGGCCUGGACACUCCACGCCUCUUCCAGCACAACACCCUCCCCGACACUCCCACGUUACAUGGCGAAGGCACAGUCAUUCUGA